AGGAACACCCCGCUGUUAGCAGGCUGAGGACAGGGCUGCGGUGAACAGGGAUGGAUUUAAGCAGAUGAUAGCUGACUGCAUGAGAGAUGCUGCAGGAGAAGCUUUCGGCUGUGACGGAUGAAUGUAUGAGCCGGGUCCAGUCCGGUGGGGAGACAGAUCUCCUUCCAGACCAGUCACGACUGGGUCUCUCCACAGCCCCCACCAAUCCCAGCUCCAGUGAGCCCGACCAGAACAUUGAGAACAUUAAGGUUGCUCUUCAUGAGAGGGAGCUGUGGAAGAAGUUCCAUGAGGCCGGCACAGAGAUGAUCAUUACUAAAGCAGGCAGGAGGAUGUUCCCCAGCUACAAGGUUAAAGUAACUGGGAUGAACCCCAAAACCAAAUACAUCCUACUUAUUGACAUUGUCCCCGCUGAUGACCAUCGCUACAAGUUCUGUGAUAACAAGUGGAUGGUGGCUGGCAAAGCUGAGCCAGCAAUGCCAGGCAGACUCUAUGUGCACCCUGAUUCCCCCGCCACAGGAGCUCACUGGAUGAGGCAACUGGUGUCGUUUCAGAAGCUCAAGCUAACAAACAAUCACCUGGACCCUUUUGGGCAUAUCAUCCUGAACUCUAUGCACAAGUACCAGCCUAGACUACACAUAGUCAAAGCCGAUGAAAACAACGCCUUUGGAUCCAAGAACACUGCCUACUGUACUCAUGCCUUUCACGAGACAGCCUUCAUCUCUGUCACCUCGUAUCAAAACCACAAGAUCACUCAGCUAAAGAUAGAAAACAAUCCAUUUGCCAAAGGAUUCCGGGGUAGUGAAGAAGGAGAUCUACGCGUUUCAAGACUACAGGGUAAAGAAUACCCAGUGAUUUCAAAGAACAUGGUUCGCCAGAGGCUCAUCUCCUCGCAUAGCCACCUAGCAGGGAAGCUCGGAGCAGGAGUUCUCACAGGGCACCCUCAAGUCCUGUCCUCUUAUCAGUAUGAGACUGGGGUUCCUUUGCCUAACUCAGACCCCCAAGAUCCUAUCUCCAACCACUUCCCUCAGAGCAGAGAUCCCAGCCUUCUGUACCACUGCUUCAAACACAGAGAUAAUGCCCGACACCUAGAGCUUGGAUGCAAGCGGCCAUAUCUGGAGACAUCAUCUGUGGUCUCAGAGGAGCAUUACUUUCGUUCAGCUACCUCUUAUGAGUCACCCUUGAUGUCUCAUCCAUACUGCACUGAGGCAAUCACCUCUAGAGAAGCUUGUAUGUACGGUAGUAUUGACACAGAGUCUGGAUCAGGGGUAGGGGACACAGAUGACCUGACCAACUCCUCUUCAAUAAAUUGCAACAUGUGGGCUACAAUGCAGCCCUACCCUCGCUAUAGCGUGGAAGGUGUCCCGUACCAGCCCUUUACUGCUCACUUUACCAACGCUGCCACAGUCAUGCCGGUAGUACCGCACCCCACAUCAUCCAUGGCAUCUCGACCACAGGCUGAGUUGGGUGUCUACAACUCAGCUACGGUUCAGCGAGGUCUGCCCAUUAUACCUCCUUCAUCCUCUUCAUCCUGCUCUCCAGCCGUUUCAGGAUCCAGAGAAAGGUCAACUCUGUACCACAAGAAACCAGGGUCUCCACUCCGGCCUCACAGAGAUUUCUCAGCCUAUCCAACACAAGGCACUCUAUCCCUCCGGGAUCCAUCCUAUCAGUACCAAGUGGGGCUGAGUAGCGCAGGGACUCACUGGACUGAUAGCUAACAUGGACCACUAGAGCAACCAGUUUUGUCCAAUGUACAAGUCUGAAAUGA